CCUGGAAUUGUCGUAAAUUUGACAGCAGAGGUGAUUACUACACAAUCAAUUUUACUUACCUGGAGUCGACCCCUCGGAAAUGCUACCAGUUACAUUGUGACAGCCACAGGAGCCUUCGUCUCCUACUUGACGGUACAAUCUGAACUCGUCCUUCUAACCGGACUGAUGGCGGGUAGUCGCUACACAGUCCAAGUGGUGACGGUGGCUCAAGAUGGCAUUACUGAAGGAAGUGCAGCGACUCUUGUUGUUUUUACAAAACCUGCAGCUGUGACCGGACUACGUGUUAAUAGUACAACGUCAACUACGGCUCUCCUUUCGUGGACUCUGCCCAGUGGCAACACUUCCAACUACAGCAUCGUAAUUGGAGGAAAUCUGAACCCCAUGACGGUUAACACGUCGUAUGUGAACGUGACGGGACUUGUACCGCUGAGCCAGUACACGAUCUCUGUCACAGCAGUGACAGAAGAUGGGACCAAAGGGGACGCCACAUCAAUCUCGUUGUCAACAACUGGUGUGUCUUUGAGAUAUCGACUUUCAAUUCUCAGCUUGGAUGGAUUGGAUGCACAAAAGAAAAAUCUGAUUCUUCAGAAGAUAAACACAGUUCUUCAGGGUGAAUUUGAUAAAAACUCCUUUUCUGCAUCCUGGACCGAAGAGUAAACUACAAACUCUCUGGGGUCUCUUUGAGGCCUACGGCACACAUGGUGCUAAUGUUCAUGUCCUGCUUUGCUUCCUUUAAUGUCACAAAAUCUAGAAAGUGUGACAAACUGAGAAAUUUAAAACGUGCUCUGGAUGGACCUUACUUCUACAUACUUCUGACCAUUAAGAACUACUUCACUGUAACACGAUGGUUAAUCAUUCUCAGAUGUUGUGUGGAACAUCUCGUCUCUUCUGGUUUGUGGAGCCUUCAGGAGCUGAACAGCACUGGCCGUGCCAACAGCUAUAAUUAACGGUGUGAAUGAAGCACAAACUUUCCAAAUCUCCCAACUUAAUCUUCCAACUUGCAGAGCCAUCUGAGACUGGAGCCUCGAUUCAAGAGAGUGUUGGCAUGUUGGGCUCUGAUGGUUUUCUGAUUUCUUUUUUUAUGCCUUAUAAUUGUCUUUGACAGCUAGAAGAGUUUGUCCAACUGCUUUCUGGAAGACCUUUCACAUUUUCUCUUUUUACAAACAAUCACUACAAUCAAGAAUAAAUGGGUGAAGUCCCUCACAUUUUGUAGUGAUGUGACUAAGCUCACCCUCGUGAUGACAUAAAUUAACUCGAUUUUUCCUUUUCUGCAGUAUUAAAUGAUGAGUUUGGGAAAAUUUCAUGAUUAAUAAUAUUUUAAUAAAUCUUUUUCUUCUCA